AUGAAGGCUUUUACUCUCAGAAAAAUCCUUAAUAUGACUUUUCUUGGGGGAAUAUAUCUUCAUAUUUGCCUCAUCAUCACGCAAUAAAUGUAUAAAAUUGUUUAGUACAGAGCACGUGCUUAAUUUCCAGCACGUAUUUAAGUAUAUAUCUGAGAAUUAUAAUGACUUUAAUCCGAACAAUAAGAAUGUUGAAACGCUUAUUACCAGAAUCAUAUUUGAUAUUUAGUAAAAGAGUUUAAAAUUCAAAGGCUUUUAAAGUUCUCUGAGAUACGUUAAACUGUAAAAAAAAAAAGGCGCAACAAUAAAGUCGCACUAGAGUAAAGAAGAUCUAUGCCACUCUCAGAUUCAUUGCUCUUAUUUAGGUCCGUCACAGUGAGACGGAUAAUAUCGUGAUAUAAAGAGAAGGAAAUUUAUCAUACAGGUACAUUUAUAACCAAAUAAGACUCUGUAUUUUUUAACCUAAUAAAACGGUAAAAUUGUUAAAUGAAAACUGGUUCUUUUCUAGUCGAUGAAUUUAACAUUCGAAUAUUCUGAUAACCUCCAAGAACGAUGUUCACGUCAUUUAAUAAUAGAGAGCUGUGGUAAUUUUAUCAUUUUACUAUUAAACUCUUUUUCCUUGUUUCAAACUAAAAAUGAAACAUGUCCUAGUUAAUCAAAAAAGGGAAUGUGAUACACAUUCUGAAAUAUUAGAAAAUAUCAACCAUGAAGUACAGGGGGAUAAAAUACCAGACGUAUGUCGCAGUCACUACAUUUUGCUGCACCAUGUUAUGUGCGUCUUUAAACUGUGAAAGGAAAUCAAAAGAAAAUUAUCUUGAGGAUUGCCAAUGGAGCAAGGUGGACAAGUGCAUUGAUUGUCCGGUUGGUUACUAUGGAAUAAAUUGUUCGAGGCCAUGCAGAUAUCCAAACUAUGGAAUAAAUUGUCAGUAUGAUUGUUCAUCGUGUGGUCAGGAAACUUGCAGUUCGACCUUUGGUUGUAUGACAAUUGGGAAACAACCUCUUAGUAGUACAAAUUGUCCGGAUGGCUUCUAUGGAAUAAACUGUUCAAGACAAUGCAGGUAUCCAAACUAUGGGAUUAAGAUUGUCAACAGGAUUGUUCACAUUGUAACCGGGAAAUGUGUAAUUCAACCGUUGGGUGUCUGACACAGGAUAGGACAAUUGACAGAGGUACAUAUGAGCUAUAGCGUACUAUAGUCUGUUCCAAGAUAUUUAUUCCGCACAUUUUCUUAAAUUGUUCAACAUUUUGUUUAUUUUUAAGUACAUAUUUCCCUUUUGAAACGCUUCCUCUAGCUUGUCAUGAUCCAAUAUACGGAUGCAAAUAUAUAAAAAAAAAUCCACGGGGAUUUUCCAUUCCAAAAGAGAUGAAAGUAUCUGGACGAAAACGUUAAAAAAAUUAAGCGAGGUAUUCCUUGUGACUUCCAAAUGGAGAAGAGAUAUAUGCAUUCCCCUUCGUAAUAUACAGUACUGAUCAGA